AUGCACCGCACUUAUUCUAUGCGCGCGACCCGGGCGCCCACUGCGUCCCAGCUGCAGAGCCCCCCGCCGCCUCCGUCGUCGACCAAGGCCGGCCGCCUCUUCGGCAAGGGAAGCUUCGGCCAUGCCCUCCGCCGCAAUGCCGGCGGCGCCUUCGGGCCCGACCUGGCCAAGAAGCUGUCCCAGCUCGUCAAGAUGGAGAAGAACGUCAUGCGAAGCUUGGAGCAGGUAGCCAAGGAGCGCAUGGAGGUCGCUCAACAACUCUCCAUCUGGGGCGAGGGCGGCGACGAGGAUGUCUCUGACGUCACCGACAAGCUCGGCGUCCUCCUCUACGAGAUCGGCGAGCUCGAGGACCAGUACGUCGACCGCUACGACCAGUACCGCAUCACCAUGAAGAGCAUCCGCAACAUUGAGGCCUCUGUCCAGCCCAGCCGCGACCGCAAGCAAAAGAUCACCGACCAGAUUGCUCAGCUCAAGUACAAGGAGCCCAACUCGCCCAAGAUUGUCGUUCUCGAGCAGGAGCUCGUCCGUGCCGAGGCCGAGUCCCUGGUCGCCGAGGCCCAGCUGUCCAACAUCACCCGUGAGAAGGUCAAGGCCGCCUACACCUACCAGUUCGACGCCCUGCGCGAGCACUGCGAGAAGGUCGCCAUCAUCGCCGGCUACGGCAAGCACCUCCUCGAGCUCAUCGACGACACCCCCGUCACCCCCGGCGAGACGCGGCAGGCGUACGAUGGCUACGAGGCCAGCAAGGCCAUCAUCCAGGACUGCGAGGACGCCCUCACCAACUGGGUCACGGCCAACGCCGCCAUUUCCUCCAAGCUGUCGACGCGCUCGCGCACCCUGUCCCAGCGCCGCCGCAACAACAUCCGUGCCCGUGCCGAGGGCGGCCACGACCUGUCGGGCCAGGACGCGCCCCUCCACGACGGCAGCUCUUGGGUCGGCCGACACGAUGACGAGUCCGAGGAGGAAGAGGAGGAGGAGGACGUUCACCACGCCGGCCUGGACACCGAGGGCGGCGUGAAUGGCGGGGAGAGCCGCGGCCGCACCCAGGAGGCUGUCGUCGCGUGA